CGCUGUUUCCGUCAUGCAGCUCCGCGUUUGUGGAACGGUCUGCCAGCGGAGCUUAGAAGUUGCACUUCUCUGUCGGCUUUUAAGAGAAUGCUGAAAAACAUUUAUUGGCAACAUCGUGCAAAAUCGUGCAACAGGCGCUUUCAAAAUUUUCGUAUUAUUAUUAUCAUUGUUAUUAUUAUUAUUAAUGUUAUCGUCUAUAAUUUUAAAUUUUAA